AUGCCGGUUGGAGGUUACGUCCCAGUUCCAUCGGAUCCUCAAUUCGAUGAUGUCGAUCUUGUAGAUAAUGAGGAAGACUCUGUUCAAAAUAAUGAUAGUCCCUCUGCUUCAACCUCGAAGUUUUCGAUAGAUUACUACAGAACGUACUUUGAUGUGGAUACGUAUCAGGUUGUGCAAAGAUCAUUGUCUGGACUUAUCCCUUUCUCUAAACGGUUCUCCCUUGCCGCUUCCCUGAAACCAAAUCCGGAUCUCUAUGGCCCUUUCUGGAUUACUGUAACCAUAAUUUUCUCGGUUGCGUUCUCUGGAAGUAUACAUGAGUAUAUUCAGUCAAAAGACGCAGCUGCUCUAUCUACAUUUAACUUUGGUCGGGUAACGAUUUCAACUACGUUGCUCUUCCUCUACUGGUGUGUUCUUCCUGCUGUUUUGACGUCAGUCAUAUAUUUCAAACGUCAAAGUGCCGUUUCAGAUAUUGAGGUUGUGCAUGAUGAGCCCAAACCGAAAUUUGGUUCACUGUUUACGGAGCUUCUUGCUAUCUAUGGGUACUCAAUGAUAUCUUUCAUACCAGCUGCUGUGUUGCUUUGUAUUCCAGGUAGUUAUCUUCAGUACACUCUUAUUGGAGUUGCUUGUGUUAUUUCACUCAUUGUUCUGUGUACGACAACGUGGUCCACUUUUAAACAACGGCGAAAGAAACUUGCGUUUGGACUCCUGGUUCUUAUCAUUGUUGCUCAUCUCAUCAUGACGGUGUCUCUCUCAGUCGUCUUUUUCCAUCAACCCGCGCGCCAAGCUGAAUCAGUUCAAUCACCUGAACAACCCGCCGCCGAUGCAAAAUCUAAAAAUGACGCUAAUAAGGAGAGUGAUCUGAAGGCGCAGGCACCAGAAGAGGUGAAAGGAGAACCGGCCGAAGGAAAUCUUCAGCCACCUGAAAAAAGUCAAAACGCUGCUAAGGAAGAGCAGCCGGGUAAUGAAGAUGUAAACAAGGAGUCUAAUGCGAAGCCACCCUUACCACCUAAGGCCGCUUGA